CCCCCACCCCGCCACCACCCCCCUGAUUAUUGCACCUUCCAAUAGUUUAAGGCCGGGAGGGGGAAGGUGGAAAAAUAAUAUCUGCUAAGCCCAGGGACAGUGCGCGAUGUUAAACAGGAGGCACCGACCCGUGCCUGCGUCUUCGGCCGCCUUCGACCGCUGCCGGGCGGGUGAGAGGCUGCAGGCAGCCCUGGCGGGGUUGCAGGAGCUGGAGCUACUGAAGGAGAAGCAGAGGGAGCUGGUAAGACGGGCCCUGGAGACGGAGCCCCCCAGCGCGAAGCUCGGCGGGGACGAGGGGAGCCGGCAGAGCUGCGCUGGGGAGCGGAGUUUGGAAUCUACCCUGAGCGCCCUGAAGGAGCAACUGUCACAUUUAAGAAAACAAGAUGCAGGGCUGAAAAUUCAUCUGCAACAUUUGGACCGACAAAUUAGCGAGCUCAAGCUCGAUGUUAACAAGGCUUCCACCGAGCAACUGGAGAGCGACAGCAGGCCGAGCUCAGGGUUUUAUGAGCUCAGUGACGGGGGCUCCUGCUCCCUCUCCAACUCCUGCACUUCCAUGUACAGUGAGUGUAAUUCGUCCUCUCAGGGCAGCCUGCUGCACUGCAGCCAGCCGGCUGACACCAAGGGCAGCAGAUCAGAAGACCGUCCCCGGUCAGCCGAUGAGAUCACCGUGCAGUCUGCAGCUUUCAAGCAGCAAGGGCCCGGCAAGCGGCCGGGGAGAGGCAUCAAGACCACCACCGAGCCAGUGCCCGCCUUUAACAUCAACAGACUCGGAAUCCCCAGAUCCAGACCAGUUUCUACAGGUGACUUGGAGAGAUUCGCACCAUCACAGAGAGAGCCUCCAGGCGUGUCCAACAGGAAACCUCUCCCAUCUGCCUUCCCUGGUGGGAGUGAGCAACAGCCCCCUGUGUUGAAUCAAAGGUUUCGAUGUGACCUGGUCUCCAAGAACAGCAGUGACGUGUACAGUUACCCCAGCCCCCUCCACGCUGUGGCUCUGCAGAGCCCUUUGUUCUGUCUGACUGAGCGGGCCAUCAGUAUGGACAACAGCCCCAGCCCGGGCAGCAGUGGCUUACCGUCUAAACCAGUGAGUGGGCCAUUCCCGGUUGAAACCAGACUGGGCUGCAUCAAUAAACGAGCUCCACAUCAGCCCAUCAGGGUCAACAAGGCCGGUACAGACCGAGGACCUGAAAUGAGUCUGAAAGCUGCGAUGCAAGAGAAGGACCUUUCGCUCUCCGCUGAGGCCCUCAUGGCGAGGGGCCAAUUUGAGAGGGACUUACGACAGGGUGACAGCUGCAGGAAUGUAGGACGUCCAGCAGAAACCACUGCCAGCGCUAGAUUGAGGCGACAGGAGGCUAAUGACUGCUCCACAAUCCCACCCGCGGCUAAUAUGUUGGGGAGAGAAUCUAACGCCACCAACAGCAGUCCGUUCAGGUUGGGGGUGAAGGAUUUGCCCGUGGCCAAUGUUUCGGGUGCCCGCUCAGGCCUCUCAGAUUCCAAAGGCCUCGCCUGCGCCAGUUGCCAGUUACCCAGCGCUGACUCGCCUCAGAGGACCGGCCAGAGGUCGGGGGUCACAGCGGGGAGAGGCAGGGAGGCCUUGCCCAAGAGCGGGUUUGUGCAUGCUCAGUAUGUGCCCGCAGAGUCCCGGCUCCGGGUGCAGAUCCUACCAGCCGGUGGCAAGACCAAAGUGGCCAAAAUCAAGAGGAGGAAUGGUGAGGCCAUGCGGACUGGCAAGAGACCAAUCGCCCGAGGUGCUGGGGCUUUCAGAUCCACCGCUGAGGGGGAUCGCGCCUGCAGGAGUGCAGCCAUGGCAACCACCAGCGCGGGCCUCGAAGCUCCGGGCCGCUCAUGCUCAGAGUCCAGUCUUCACCCCACGUGUUUCGGCCCGGAGUUCCAGAGCCAGGCCCUCUGUGGGCUCUCAGUACCCAUGGCUGGUGAGGAAGGGACCAAGGCCAAUCGGUGUCGGUGGCAAUCGUCUGUCGAGAUAUUCCCCAGGGCGCCCACCAGCCAUCUCUGCUUCAGUGCCCAGCGGCAGAAGGCAGGGCGGCACUGGGCAGCGCAAGCGGCAAGCUCCGGCCGGGCGCGGUCCCUCCGGCGACCGGGUGCCCGGAGCGAGUCAGACCAAUCGGAGUACUCGGCUGAAUGUGCCUCGCUCUUCCACUCCACCGUGGCAGAGAGCAGCGGGGACGAGCACAGCGACCACACGGCCAACCGAUUCGGCGACAGCGAGUCAAGCGGGAGCGAGGACCAAGCAGACAGGCAGGCCCUCCUCUGGCCUCAGGGCUCGGGCAGACAGAGCCUCCGCUCCGAGGCCAGGAUUUGCCGCAUCAAGGCCUCGAAAGCUCUGAAAAAAAAGAUCCGGAGAUUCCAACCUGAGACCUUAAAGGUUAUGACCAUGGUUUAGGGGCGUGAACUCUAGGCCUAUCCCAUGGAGACUGCACACUGGGCACCGUUGUUUCGAGAAACAAAAGAAAUUACCUUCUAAAAAGAGAGCAUCAUCCAGUUGUGAACUGCAAAUGACUCUUAUGUUAGGGCAGAGCUCCUGCUACAAGUUACUGCAAGUUACUUGACUUUUUACUGUGUAUAAUAAUUAAUGUUCUUGAUCUGACUGUUGUAAGGGUAUUGUGUGACU